AUGCCUAGUGGACUUGAUCACCAAGUUAAGUACUCAUCCAAUUCCUUGGUAAAUUCACUCAAACUUAAACGCACUCACUCAUCUAUCCAGAUUAUUGGUAUUGGUGUUGCCAAUGCUGGUAGAACUAAAGGUCAAGUCGCACUCAAGCUUUCAUCUAGGCAUUCAAACGACUCAGUCAUCAUCAGUGCUCAUAUACUUGGUGGUACUCAACUUACUCUUGCAUUCAUACGACAAAAGUACUGGAUCAUUGGCGGUAGACAACCAGUACGCUCAAUUAUACUCAAAUGUAUAAAAUGCGCACGACAUCGUGCUGAUAGAGCUCAACAACUCAUGGGUCAGCUACCAGUAUCACGAGUUACUCCAUCAUCUGCAUUCACUCACACUGGAGUUGACUAUGCUGGCCCAAUAACACUCAAAAAUUGGAGACGCAGAGGAGCAAAAACAUACAAAGGCUGGAUUUGUGUUUUUGUCUGCCUUUCUACGUCCGCAGUACAUCUAGAGGUAGUCAGCGACUACAGCUCUAGUGGGUUCAUCGCAGCACUCCGCAGAUUUAUCAGCCGACGAGGCAUCUGCACAGCACUCUACAGCGAUUGUGGAACGACGUUCAAAGGCGCUGAAACUGAUCUCAACCGUCUGUUCACUCAAGGAACUCAAGAGUCAAGAGAAAUACUGGAUCACAUCACUGUGAACAGUAUUACCUGGCAUUUCAAUCCACCAGCAGCCCCACACAUGGGUGGAAAGUGGGAAGCUGCUGUCAAAUCACUCAAACAUCAUCUUACUCGAUCAGUGGGAGAGUCUUCAUUUACGUUUGAAGAAUUUACGACUCUUCUGACGCAAAUUGAAGCUAUAUUGAAUUCAAGACCAUUGGAGCCACUCACGGAAGAUCCAGAAGACAUGGCUGCACUCACUCCUGGUCACUUCUUAAUUGGACGAGCACUCAACAUGAUUCCUGAACCAGCACUCAUCGAUACAAAUAGUUCUCGAUUGUCUAGAUGGCAAUUUCUACAACAACGUGUUCAACAGUUCUGGAAUCAUUGGUCUACAAGUUAUCUUCAAAGACAACUGGCAAUCACCAAGUGGCAACGCCCAACUCAUCAAAUUCAAGUUGGGUCACUUGUAUUACUCACCGACGAAAGGUUUCCACCAACCAGGUGGCCUCUCGCUCGUAUUAUCGCACUUCACCCUGGCAAAGAUGGAUUGACCAGGGUUGCUACGCUUAAAACAGUGAACUCAACACUCACUCGUCCAAUCACGAAGCUAGCACUCCUACCAAUUGAACCAGAACCUCAAGAAGAUGACGAAGAAUAA